AAUAUAUCUCAGAGAGGGUUUAUGCAUGUACCUAAACAACAAACCAGUUUUUAUCAAGAAGAUAAACAGUUUUUAUCACGUUCUUACACAUCAAAAGAGGAGUUUAUUAGAGAAUAUAAAAAGCUCUACCGCAGAAAAGCAAAAGCUGAAGAACUUUAUCUCCUGGUUUUAACUGAACUCGAAGAGGCAAUAUCAGAUGGUAAUGUCGAUAGCUUAAAAAAAUUAAGCAAUUUUAUUGAUUACAUAAGUGAUGCAGAAGAUCAAGUAACUUUGAGAGACUAUUAUGAUAAUGCUAAUAACCCUGUUAAGAGUACUAACUUAGUUAUCUUAGCUUGUAAACACAAUAAGGUAAAGAUUUUAGAAUACCUACUUGGCAAUAAUAGUAAAAUUCUCAGUAAUUUAUCUGUUGGCAUCAGAGAAACUACUAUAUUACCAGAUGAUGAGGAUGAAACAUGCCAUAAUGCGUUUUAUUAUGCUAUACGUUCAGGUAAUGUUGAACUUCUUGAUACACUCAUUAAUAAAUGGCCAGGCAAUUAUUUUGCUGUUCAUUUCAGGGAAUUAGAUGAAAUUCUUUCACGAUCUUAUGAGGAAUUAAAACUAAAGAACGUAUUCUUGUCAGAAGAGAUAGAAAUUUUUGUUGAAAAUAAGUUGAUAAACCUCCGUUUUUUCUCUAGUGCUUCUGGACAAGAUCAGAAUGUGAAGAGUUAUCUUAAUAACAUCAGAGAGCGGAUUGAGUUAGUACUUCAAAAUAUUAGCCUGUUAAAGGCAGAAUAUUCAAACACAGAAAAAGUAGAUGAAAAGUUUUUAUUCAUAGCAAAGUUUAUUGCACAAAAUAUUCAUAUAUUAAAGCGGCAGUUGAAAUCAACCUACAAUAGACUACCUUGGGAAGAAAUGGAAUUUUGUUUGAUCAGUUUUGUUUCUUCUCACAUAAAACGACAGGAAAUGAAUCUAUUCUAUAAUGCCACAUUGAAUAAAAGUAAAAUACUAAACCACUUAGAAAAUUUUGCAAAGAAACUUAAAGAAGAAAAAGAUAUUAUAGAAGGUGUGGACAUUGGUAAAUUUGCUGAUCUCCCAAAGUUAAAACGUGAGAGGGUUGUUGCAGAGAUCGUUAGAAAUUAUCCUCAAUUUGGAGAGUUGUAUAGCGAUUAUCAACAAAUUAGGGAUAUUCAUUCUUUAGAGAAAAUAAGUGAUUAUAUAAAGUUGGCGUUAUCAGCUGAUCCUAAACAAAGGGAAGGGCAGUUAAUUAUUACAAGGGUUUUACAAGUUAUUGGUGAAUAUUUAAAAAACACCCUAGAAUCUCCUAAGUUAUCUAGCACUACAAGCGAGCUUCUUCUACUAUCAUUACCAAGGAACACAAGAGAAGUCAUUAAUAGAUUAACUUGUGAGAUUUUUUACAUUGCUGAACUUGGAACAGGUGACCUUAAAUGGAUUGAGGAAUUAAGAAACAAGUUGAAUGAGAAAGGUUCGUUUAUUCCUAUACAUAAACAAAGGAAGGCUUACAACAUAACAGAAGAAAAAUACAAUAACCAGCUUGAACUGAAGUUAUCUGAACUGAAAAGUAUUUUGAGGAAUAACGCAUUAAGUGGCAAGUUAACUGAAAAGCUUCCUUCCUACAAGAGGAAUAAAGAGUUGCAAGCAGUAGUAGAAAUGCUUGUUCUGGAUAUAAUGUCAAUUUUAGGUAGAUCAGAGAAGCAUCUAGAAAACAAUCUACUUUUUUUAGAUGAUAACACUCCUUUAUUAACUGGAAAAUGUUUGCGUAAUCAUUUAGCACACGAUAAUACCUUAGUUGAUGUAUUGUUAUCUGAUCCCUCAAUAGCAGUUAUCUUGAAUGCUAAAAAACUUAUUUCAGAAAAUGUAAUAAAAAGUAAGAAGAAAAUUGGCAAGUCGGUAAGAGAUGAUCCUUCCAAGCUGAAAGAUAAAUACGAUCAAAACCUUAUCACUAUUACUAAUCAGGAAAAAAUGUUUGCUGCGUUGGAAGAAGGAAAUCUUGAAGACUUAAAGAGUUAUCUCAAAAAAGGAGCAGACAUCAAUGCUAGAAGUAUUAACUCAUGGACUACAUUACAUUUUGCUGCUAAGGGACCUAGUCUUGAAAUUAUAAAAUUUGUUCUUAAUCAAAAUUUAGACGUUAAUGUUAAAGAUAUUAAUGGUCAAAGCCCACUACAUAUUGCUGCUGCAUAUGGAAGGAAAAAUAUUGUGGAAUUUUUUAUAGGAAAAACAGGUGUAUAUGUUGAUGAUCUAGAUAAUAGUGGCAAAACAUCACUACAUAUUGCAGCUAAAAAUGGUCACAAAGAUGCUGUUGAAAUUCUACUAAAAAAUAAUGCUAAUACUAAUACCAAAGAUAUAGCUGGUUUUUCACCUUUACACUAUGCAAUAAAAAACAAUCAUAUUGAUGUUGCUAAGAUUAUGCUGGAAAAAGAAGCGAAUAGCGAAGCAUCAGAGGUUCUCCAGCAUCUGCAGAAAGAUAUCAACAUUGCUGCUAGUAAAGGUGAUAUACGAACUGUUCAGCGUCUGUUAAAAGAUGGAGCUGAUGCCAACGAUAAAGAUAUUGAUGGAAGAACACCGUUGCAUUACGCUGUUAGCAAUGGACACAUAGAUAUUGUAAACAUCUUACUAACAAAUGGAGCUAAUGUUAGUCAAGUUACUAAUAAAGGUAAUACACCAUUACACACUGCUACUUCCAAAUGUUACAAAGAAAUUGUUGAGGUUCUGUUACAACAUAUCAGUCGUGAUAAAUUAAAUGACUUUGUUAAUGCUAAAACUACUUCUAGUGGUACUACAUCACUUCAUGUUGCAGCUAAAGGUGGCUCCUUGGAAGUUGUAAAAUCUUUAUUAAAACAUGGUGCAAUUUAUAACAUUGAGAACAAAGAAGGUAAAAUACCUAUUGAUCUUUCUAAGGACCAAAAAGUUACUAACCUACUGAAAUUAAUUGAAGAAUUGUUUGGAGAUGCAAAAAAAGGUAAUGUUGAAAUUAUCAGCAAGCUUAAAGCAGUAAAACCUGAUGAGUUUAUAGCUGUAACAAAUGCUCGUAAUAAUCAAGGGAAUACAUUAUUGCAAGUUGCUAUAGCCAAUAAACAUAAGAAUAUUGCAACUAAAUUGUUAAAAAUGCUGAAGGAGCCAGAUCAAAAUUUACAA